AUGUAAAAAUAACAAUAAAAAAUGUCAGGGGAUCAAUUAGUUAAGUAAUUAUUGUUUUUACAAUAAAUGAAAUAAAAUAUAGCAUUUCGACAUUUUGUUAAUUUAGAAUUAUAUUAAAAAUUAGAAUAAUUGAAAUUGUUAUUUAGAAGAGAUUAAUCAUUUGAAGAAUGCAUAGUUAUUUUAUCAAGAUUAGUUUUAGCAUAUAGCAAUUUAUUAGUUUAAUUGGUAGAAGAAACUUGUGAUUCAGGAGAAGAUAUUCUAAUGAAGGGAACUAAGUGGAAUAUCUUAAACUCCAUAAAAAGUGAAUAAGAAUACUAUAAAAUAUUUUUCUCUAAUUGCAAAGAAUAGUUAUUUAAAGAAAUUCAAUAUGAAGUUGAAUUAUCUGAUUCUGAUAGAAAUAAAUUAGAAGAUAAUUUUACUACUAAAAUUAUUAAAUUAAUUGGCGAUAUUUUAGAUGAUCUUAAAAAGAAAUUUUCUGAGGGAAUAUUGUAUUGAAAUAUUUUAUUCUUUAGAUAAGAUAGUUUAAUUGCUUUAGAAUUAUUGUUGGAUUAAUAAAUAACACACAAAAAUAUUGUUAAAACUACAGAUUUGGAUUUUUAAUUACUUUUGGUAGAAAAACAAUAAAGAGAUGAUUGGAGAAAAAUAUUAGAUCGCAUUACAAUUAAGUGGAGAUAACUUUAAAAAUUAUGA